CGUAUAGCAAAUAGUGCCGAUACGUCGUGGAUCAGAGAGUGCGAAAAUUAGUUACAUUUUAAUACAGCAAACACGCAAUAAAAGCAGCAACAGCACCAUGGCAAAGUGGGGAGAAGGUGAUCCACGCUGGAUUGUUGAGGAGCGACCCGACGCAACUAAUGUGAACAAUUGGCAUUGGACGGAAAAGAACGCGACGCCCUGGUCAAAGGAGCGAUUGACACAGUUGUUCAUUGACUUCAAAAUAGUUCAAAGUGACAUUGAGUGCGUAGUGAAUAAAGUGGAGGAGUGCACCGGUGAGGCGACCGUCAACAAUCGCAAAGGAAAAUUGAUAUUCUUCUACGAUUGGGAGCUAGUGCUGAAAUGGUCCGGCCGUCUGCUAAAGAACAGCAAGCUGAGCCACAACGGCAAGCUGACCAUACCGAAUCUGUCUGAGGAGAAUAAUCUGGAAGAUGUAGAAAUAACGGUUACCAUUGACGAGUCCAACGACGAGUCAGAGACACUCAAACAAUUCAUGUACAAUGUGGGCCGUGACCAAAUUCGCAAACAGCUGGGCGUCUACAUCAAGGAACUGAAGGAGGAAUAUUCCAAGAACUUGAUACUACCAAAGAAGGAUGCCAAUAGCAGCGAAACCACGCCAGGCCAGGCCAAGGAUGUCAACAAUGCUAAGAAUGCGGCACAAAAGGCUGCGGCGCAGAUCCCUACGGCUGCCACGCCCAUAUCCUCCUCCAAUAACAAUGUGACGAGCAAGCCCGUCGGUUGCAAGCUGGACGUCCGCUCGCUCACCAUGACCGAGGAGUUUCAUUGCAAUGCCAAUGAUCUCUACAAUGCGCUAACCAAGCCCGAAAUGGUCACUGCAUUUACGCGUGCGCCCGCCAAAGUGGACGCCGUACGCGGCGGCGAAUUUGUGCUGUAUGGCGGAAACGUGCAUGGCAAAUUCGAGGAGUUGGUGCCCGAGAAGAAGAUCCAACAAAGCUGGCGUCUGAAAAACUGGGCCUCUGGCCACUACUCGAAUGUGAUCAUUGAAUUGGAGGAAACUUCGUCAACCACAAAGAUGACGCUUCACCAGACAGGUAUUCCCGCCUCCGAGUACACAGGGAUGAAGAAUAACUGGUACCGAUACUACUGGGUCAGCAUAAAGCAAACCUUCGGCUUUGGCGCCUCCUGGCCACUGGGACAGUCCUAAAUGCGAAUCAUUCGACUUCAAUUCAAACGUGCUGCAAAUUGAUUUUCACCAUCCUUUUAGCUAUAAUUUCUGUGCGGCUGCUUGCCAACUGCACUCUGUUACACACUUAAAUAUGCUAUUUAAUUAUAUAUUUAUAUAUAAAUAGAUAAACUGUUCGACAGUAGCAGCAGCAUCAGCAGCGUCUACACUACACAACUACAAUAUAAUUAUGUCAUUUAGUCAGUUUCAAGCUAUGGCACACACUCGACAUGAAUUCACACACCUUGUAUAUGGCGAAAUAAACGAAACAUCUUAA